AUGCAUCGACUUCUUUUGAUACUACUAGCCCAAAGCCUCCUGGCUGCGGCUCAGACCUCGUUCAAUUCGGACGGCAACCCAAUUUUAUCCGAUGGGUCAAUAUACUCGGCCGAUCCCGCGCCUCUGGUCGUGGGCGACACCCUGUACAUCCUCUCCGGUCGCGAUGAAGCUGCCAUUGAUGAGAAUAACUUUGUCAUGAAUGAGUGGCAGGUUUUUGUCAGCUCAAACCCGGAUCCUGCCGGGGGUGAUUGGCAACUCUACAUCGACAUUGCCCGGCCUGCAUCUGUAUUUGCUUGGGCUGCCGAAGGGACUGCCUAUGCGGCUCAGAUUGUCCAGGGUCUGGACGGCAAGUUCUAUCUCUACGCCCCAGUGACCGAGGCCGAUUCGACCAACUCGGACAAGUUCGCCAUUGGCGUGGCCGUCGCAGACAGUCCUUUGGGUCCAUUUGUCGAUGCUCACCCUGCUGGCCCCAUCAUUUCGCAAUCGGUGCCCUCACCCGGAAACUCGAUCCAGAAUAUAGAUCCUACCGUCUUUAUCGAUGAUGAUGGCAGGGUAUAUCUCUACGAGGGCACAUUCGGCCAGCUCCGCGGUUUCGAGCUUGCAGACGACAUGGUGACCAUCAAUUCAUCUGCCACGACCGUUACCUCGCUCACGGGCUACUUUGAGGCGCCGUGGCUCAUGAAGCGUGGAAGCACAUACUAUAUGCUCUAUGCCGCCAACAAUGCUGGAGAAGAUUCGCCAUGUACGCCAACGUCAUAUCAUGCCUGCAUCGCAUACGGCACCGCGAGCUCGCCCCUAGGUCCUUGGACUUUCAGGGGUAUCGUCUUGGGCAUUGUAUCUUCCACCACAUCACACCCUGGCGUGUUUGUCAUGAAUGAUACGUACUAUCUAGUCUACCAUACCGCGGACGCCGUCAAUGGAGGCCAUUUUCGUCGCAGCAUCGCCUUUGACACGAUGACGUUUGACGAUGGUCAGUCCCCGCCACUGAUCAACAAGGUCACCCAGACUCACCGGCCGGCUGCCGAACAAGAGCCCAGCCGCAACAUUGCGCCCCAAGCAACUGCCAGCUCCGUCAAUACGACACCCAUCCAGUACUGGAUCGCCUCGGUCAAUGACGGCAAGAUUCCCGGGAACCCCCUGCCGCCAGACUAUUGGUGCUCCUACGACGCGACGGCGUCCCCCGAGACGAGUCGGCUCGUCUUGACGUGGAAUGCGACCGUGACCUUGAAUGGUACUCGGAUGGUCUUUUUCGCCGAUCAACCCGCUGGCUCCAAUAUUGGCGUGCCUCCGCCAGCCAGCUGGAGUCUUGAGUAUCUCGACCCUGCCGGGGCCUGGACUGCCGUCAGUGCUACUACCGAGUAUUUUACCGAUGUUACCGACGAUCCGAAUGAGGUCGGGUUUAAUCAGGUAGACACAACGGCCUUGCGCGCGACGUUGAUCGCUUCGGGCAGCGGUGGCCAGUAUGGUGGUGUGGGCGUCAAGGAAUGGGAAGCACUGGCUCCCACGGCACAGUGA